AUGGAGACCAAUCAGGAAACGUCCCUCUUCUUGGUGAAGAUCUUGGAGGAACUGGACAGCAAGCAAAAUACCGUUUCCUACCAGGACCUGUGCAAAUCCCUGUGCGCCCGCUUUGAUCUGUCCCAGCUCGCCAAGCUGAGAAGCGUGCUCUUCUACACAGCUUGUCUCGAUCCCAAUUUUCCAGCCACGUUAUUCAAAGACAAGAUGAAAUGCACCGUGAACAACCAGCAAUCGAAGAAGAUCAUGGUGGCGGCGGAUAUUGUAACCAUAUUCAACCUGAUCCAGAUGAACGGGGGCGCUGCCAAGGAGAAGCUGCCCAGCGGCCGGCAGAAGAUGCGCAAGAAGGAGGCACCCUUUGACUUGUGCCGCUCGGACACCGAGCUCUGCAGCGCGGCGGAGUGUGCGCCCCUCAACUGCGAGCUGAGUGACCGGCCUUUCAGCCGGGGCUACCCCACCCGCCAGUCGUCCAAGUGCCGCAAGAUGGACUGCAAGGACUGCCCGCAAUUCGUACCUGCCUCUGAGCCCAACUUCCUGCUGGGGGUCAGCAAAGACGUGAAAAACCGGGCGGCUUCCCUGGACAGGCUGCAGGCUCUGGCCCCGUACUCGGUGGCCAGCCCUCAGCCCUGCGAGAUGCAGAGGACCUACUUCCCCAUGAACAUCGAGAGCGAGUCAAUGUCCGAUCAAGACUCCCUGCCCCUCACCCAGGGCAUUAAGGAGACUUUCAUUUCUAACGAGGAGCCCUUCGUGGUCCAGUCGUGCGUCCAGAAAAGGAACAUCUUCAAAGAGGACUUUCACAACCUGAUGACCGUGUCCCCGGGGUUGGCCAGCCCCGCUAACAAGGCUGAGGGUGAGCACGGGAAACCCCAGGGCCGAAAGGAGUCCCACAAGACCCCUUUUCCCAAUCACAGCUUUGAGAUGCCCUACAACAGCCAGUACCUGAAUCCUGAGUACUCCCCGGUUCCUGACAAAAGGCGGGCAAAGCACGAAAGCUUAGAUGACCUUCAAGCCUCCACGUAUUUUGGACCUACUCCAGUGAUGGGGACCCAGGAGGCCAGGCGCUGUCCUGGGAGGCCGGGCAAGCAGACCCCCUGGCCGGCCAAAAGCUGGAGCCUAAACACCGAAGAAGUUCCUGACUUUGAACGGUCCUUUUUCAAUAGAAAUCCCUCCGAGGAGAAGCUCCGCUAUCCAACUCCCAGCAGCCAGACCCCCAGCUUUGCAACCCCAGACAGGCGCCCAGCUUACCUCACGCCACAGGAGCAACAGCCGGUUCUCCCUGUCGGCUACGCUGCCAAGCCAAACGGGCUCAAAUCUAAAGAGAUCUCUUCCCCCGCUGAUCUGGAGAAGCUCGAACCGGUCAAAAAGUUUAAAGACAAGAGCAUUAGCUGCACCAGCGGGCAGCUCAGCUCAGACACCAGUAGCGUGGGCACCCAGACCGAGCAGCACGUCCUGGAGCCCAAGAAAUGCAAAGAUUUGUGCACCUCCGGGCAGGGCAAGUACAGCGACAGGCACGCCAUGAAGCAGUCAGAUGAUGACUCGGAAGGCGUUAGCGAUGACAUCAGUGACAUUUUCCGAUUUCUUGAUGACAUGAGCAUCAGUGGCUCCACGGGAGUGAUGCAGUCAUCCCGCUAUAACAGCACAGGCUCUUUGUCUCAGCUUCACAAGUCGGACUGUGACAGUUCACCGGAGCACAACCUAACCAAAAUCGCCAAUGGGCUCCCCAGCAGCAAAGGAGAAAAGGGAAACCGGCCUGAAAACAGUCACCACUCGGAAGAGGAGCUGAAGACCAGCGUGUGCAAACUGGUGCUCAGGAUUGGUGAAAUUGAGCGGAAGCUUGAAUCGCUGUCGGGUGUCCGCGAGGAAAUCUCCCAGGUCCUGGGCAAACUCAAUAAACUGGAUCAGAAGAUACAGCAGCCUGAGAAGGUGAGUGUGCAGAUCGAUCUGAAUUCCUUGACCAGCGAGGUUCCGUCGGAUGAGAGCGCCUCUCCCCGGAUGUUCCGUGCACACAGCAGCUCCCACGGGCCCAAACUGGAGAACGCGGCCGACUGGUGCUGCUCGGAUGCCAGCGGAAGCAACAGCGAAAGCCUUCGUGUCAAGGCCUUAAAAAAAAGCCUCUUCACCAGGCCAUCCUCCAGGUCCCUGACGGAGGAGAACAGUGCCACCGAAUCCAAAAUCGCAAGUAUCUCCAACUCUCCCAGAGACUGGCGCACCAUCACUUACACCAGCCGCGGGGGCGUCGGCGAGGAGGAGAUCAAAGACAGAGGCCCUGGAGAGAGUAAGGACUGGCAUCGAAAAUCUAAAGAGGCAGACAGGCAGUACGACAUCCCCCCGCAGCACCGACUGCCCAAGCAGCCCAAAGACGGCUUCCUGGUGGAGCAGGUGUUCAGUCCUCACCCCUACCCCGCCUCCCUCAAGGCCCACAUGAAGAACAACCCUCUGUACACCGACAUGCGGCUGACCGAGCUGGCGGAGGUGAAGCGGGGCCAGCCUUCCUGGACCAUCGAGGAGUAUGCGCGCAACGCGGGCGAGAAGGGCAAGCUGACAGCCCUGGACCUGCAGACUCAAGAAUCUUUAAACCCAAACAACUUAGAAUAUUGGAUGGAAGAUAUUUACACUCCAGGCUAUGACUCAUUACUGAAACGGAAAGAAGCCGAGUUCCGACGAGCCAAGGUCUGCAAGAUCGCUGCUCUGAUCGCUGCAGCCGCAUGCACGGUCAUUCUGGUCAUCGUGGUGCCCAUCUGCACAAUGAAAUCAUGA